GGAGGGAGGAAGCAGGCAGGGUGAGUGUGCGAUUGUGUUUCUGUGUGCCAGUGUGUGUGUGAGAGAGAGAGAGAGAGGCGCGGCACAGCCAGACACAGCCGGCCGUCUCUCGGCGCAGCAGCGGCUCUGCUUUACGUCACCCUCGAGCGGCUGCUGGAUCAGGGCAGUAGCAGCGGCGCCUCGCCUCUCAGCGGCCACACCAGCCGAGUCGGGAUCUCAUUGGGCGCCAUUGCGGACUGCUAUGCCUUUCAAUCGAGCUAAAAUGAAAGUGCGAGCGACCAUUUGAGGAGUUUCGGUUCGAUGCGCGCUCUUAGCGAUGGACGUAGCUCUGUCAGCGGGACGGCGAGCCCCAUGCUUGAUUUAAAGAGCCGACUGGAGCUGAAGCUGAUAUAUGUUGGGUAAAGGGGCAAAGCGGAAGCACGAUAAGGAUGAUGACGGGCUGGAGGGCGACGCGGUGGUGGCAGCGGGGCGAGGGGGGGGCCCCUCUAAGGCAUCCUACACACUGCAGCGACAGACCAUCUUCAACAUGUCGCUGAUGAAGCUGUACCACCCGCGGGCAGCGGUCGAGCCCAGCCUGGAGCGCCGUGUGCUCAUCAACAACAUGUUGCGGCGUAUCCAGGAUGAGCUGCGGCGUGAGGGCGGGGCCCAGCCCCUGCCCCUCCCACUGCCCGCCUCCCCGCCCCCCGAGGACCCUGCCGAUGAAGGGUUCCGCGAGCCGCCCCCCCCGCCACCCGGGCUGGCGCCUCCAGACUCCUGCCUCACCCCAGCCUCCCUAUUGGAGGCUGAUGCCUCCCUCUUCUGCAGCUCCCCCUCCCCACACACCUUGCUCUUCCAUGGCGCCCCCUCUAGGCCAACCCCUUCCCCGUCACCCUCCAAAGAUGGCUUUUCCUCCGCCCUGGACGAAAUUGAGGAGCUGUGUCCCGACGUCGCAACGACUACCUCCCCCCCUCCUGGAGCAUCUCCUCAGGGGCCCCAACUAUCCCCCAUGCUCCCUGCAGGGGGAGACCUGAAAGCCAGAAAGCCCGACGUCCGAGGGGUGGUGAUGGCGACAGACCCUCAACCUGGUAGCCUGGACAUGAGCCCAUGCCCCCCACUCUCUUCUUCCUCCUCAUCCACCACCUCCUCUUCCUCCUCGGGCUUCCUCACGGACCUGGCGCUAGACGACAUCCUGUUUGCGGACAUCGACACCUCCAUGUAUGACUUUGAUGCGUGCACCUCCGCCUCAGGGACCGGCGCCGCCAAAAUUGCCCCCGUGAUGACGGCGGAUGACCUGGUCAAGACUCUGUCGCCCUAUGGCGGCCCUGGCACCGGUCCGACCUCAGCCGCUCCAAGCCAGCCUUUCAAAAUGGACCUGGCCGAGCUGGACCACAUCAUGGAAGUCCUGGUGGGUUCCUGACUUCAGCAGCGUUUCACAAAAAAUAAUAUAUAAAUAUGUAUUUCAGAAGAACAAAGAAAAUAUAGACAGUGCCCAUUUUUGUACAGUUUUCUACGCCGGGCAGUAAGAAAGUGAUGGGUGGCGCCCCUUAGGGGCUGCUUGACGACACUGCAUGCCAUUGGCCCACCCUUCCAUGAGACCCUCAAUGCAGAGACCAUCAGGCGGCUUCUAGCAGAUCCCAGUGCCUUCAUCUGCCUCUGACCACCCCACGGCUUGCGGUCCGUCCCCCGGUUUCCACGGCAACCUGCGGGCAAUUCCGCCGGUUUCUGGCUGCAAAGGAUACCCCCUUUAUUUAAGCACAAAUGGUGACGCGGAGAUUCCCGUUGUCAUGUCCCACUUCUGUAUAUAGAUCCUGUUUCCGGUCCAUCAGCGCUGUCCACACCGGCUCAGUCAAUGAGUUUGAUGAUGAUAUUUUUACACAAACUGUAUUUUUUUUGAAAGAACAGAAGUGCAGAAUUUAAUACUCAUCACUGAAAGUAUUUUAAUAAGGUGUGUUCUCUGAACCUUCUGUUUCUCUUAAACGUGCGAGUUUCCGCACGCAGGGUUCUCCAGGAAGGCCAGUGGUUCCAGUUGGGGCAUUGCCUCAUCACUGGUCCGCCGGCCAAAAGGGACUUUUCAUUGGGUCGCAUAGAUGUCGAAUCUGCAAUAAGUACUCAAACCAACCAAUCACUGUGAGAGAAAAAAGAAACUACAAUCUGUUGGAAAUUAGGGCACGAAUCCACCUCACAUCACAAUGGACAUUUGGAUUUAAUUGUACGUGUUUCUAAAAGAUUAAAUUAUUUUAUAAAGGUAGUAGUUGACCAGUAAAGUAUGAAUGGAAAGGGAAAACAUGUACAGUUUACAAAAAAACGUGGUUUACAUUCACGGGGACUCCACUUCCGUUAGACAGGAGUUACCACAGGAAAUGACAUCAGCUGUAAUAUAUGUUGCCGACACUGACUGAGAGUGUACUGUUCAUCUCGCUACAUUGUAAUGGGACAUGAUUGCGGGACGAUGCCUGUUGUCCUCACGGACUCGCCAAGGCAGCCCCCCCCCCCCAUGCAUGCUCCAUGAAUAAUACCCUUUACCAUUGCACCAAAUAACUGUUUAUUUUUCUUUUAAAAUCAUUUUUAAAGCUGUGUUUUAGCGAUCAAUCCCCGAGCGUGUAGCUCCGCAGAGGCGUAUCGAUGUCUGCAGCCUUUUUGCCAAAUGGUGUUUCCUGCAUCUAUAGCUUUGGGUAAUUUGGUGUGUCUGCUGCCUCAGAGUAUGACCCAUGGCCACCUAAUAUGGCUUCUGUAUGUCUGAUGUUCCUAUUUAAGUUCAGUUGAAAUGCUGUUGCUUUGUUCGUCUGAAACAUCGCCUGUUCUCUCCUUGUCACUGACCUGUCUGGGGCGGCUUCUGGAUGAACAGGAGGUCAGGUGGUCAGCCGACCUGUAGGGGGCGCCGUCAGUGACCCAGCGGGCGCAGGCGCCCCGGAGCACUGCUGAGAUCACGGCACAGACGUGUAGGUCGAGCCUAAGACACGCCUGAGAUGCGUCAUCAUGGCUUGAAAUAGUGUUCCCCCUAGUCCGUUUAUGACGUUUGGGGGGGGUUGAGGUUCCUACGGGCAGCUGUCAGUCAGCACGACUGCAAGUGCAGAAGAGGCAUGGAGAAUCAAAGUAACUUUUUAUCAAAUAUAGUAUUUUUCUAUUAAAUUUUUAAACACGUUCACAUCAGCCUCAUCCCUGAUGGAAGCAAAGCCAUUCAUGUAGCUUAUGGAGGAAAAAUCUUUCAAACUAGAAACGUGUUUUGUGGGGUAAAUCGUAGUACCUGCUGCGUCUCUGAGAGUUUGCUCGAGUGACCAGGAGAGAACCAGGUGGACAGAUUGAUUCCUGAAUGUAAAAUCAGUAACAAUUUCUUUGGUUUGAGGUGAUUUUUUAAAGUUAUUUAUUAUUUGUUUCCUGUGUAAAUAUAUUUAUUUUAAUGUGAUGCUAACAUAUGGAUUGUAAUGCUUGCAGAAUGUAAGGUAGGAAUGUACUCGUCUAGGAAUGUAAUUUGUGGGGGCUUAUGAUUAUGAGAGCGCCUUUCCCGUGCGUUUUAACCUUUUAUUUUCAUAUGAUUUUUACUGAGUGGUUGGGGGGGGGGGUUGUGAGGUCUGUGCCAGGUCAUGGUAAAAACACUCAAUCCUGGACCCAUGGGGGUGCGUUUGGGUGGGCAGCCCAGGACAUGAGCACGAGUGUCUCUAUCAAGUGGAUGCACAGUUUUUCCUUGGAGUUUAAGAGCUCUGAGCUCCAGAGCCAGAAUGUCAGGAUGCUUCCGUCAAUGAUGCCAAAAAUUCCAUGAUUUUUGUACCAUCCACAUCAGAUGGAUUCAGUGUUUUUCUUCCAGAGGCUUGGAGGCUCAGCAAACUCAUCCUGGGCAGGCUGGGGGGGGGGGUUGGGGGGCUGGAGAGCACUGGGACAGACCUCGCCCUGCUGGGUGUAAAAGGGCAUUUUCUGCUGGGGGAAAAAAUGAGGCUGUAUUUUUUUUCCACAGACCUUUUGAGCUGCGGCUUUGUCUAUGCAAUAUUACAUACUCAUCCAAAAUGGAAAUGGAAAGUAAAUAAAAACAUCAAACUGAUUACUGUAUUCACACCAAUGUAUGGACUGUAGUGUGUGUGUGUGUCUCAUUUUAUCAUGAGGUGUGUGUAUAUGUAUGUGUGAGUGUGUGUGUGAGUGAGUGAGCCAGCU